AGGAUUUAUUAUUUAUUGUACCGCGAAGAUGACAAGGUACGAUAUUCUAGUAGCGCUUACAGUUUCAGCUCUAACUAUUUUUAUAAAAUGUCAUAACCUUCUUCACCUUCCUGGGCUUCAGGCACCAGACAUCACACAGUUCUACACACCAAAUACGACUAUCUGGACUAUGCUGACAACACGAAGAAAAAUAACCUGCAAAGUUGAUUUCGUGAAUAAUGCAACUAAUACUUCUGUUUUCUUUGAGAGGGAAUAUUGCUUAGGACAUGAAUGGGUCAACACAACUUUGCAGGGGAUUUUUAUAACCAUCAGCCUUUUUACUAACGCCACGUAUGAUGCAAUGAGAGUUUCUCCUCCAGGCAUUAUGUCCCUAGUGGCUGAGCAGAUACUUUUCGCUGACCCAACAUUUACAUGCGGAGUCUUCAAAAUAUUUUUGCCGCCCUCGGCUGGAGAUAAUCGCAAAGGUGGGAACUAUGAGUUGCGCAUGAGAGGGUCUUAUAACACUAUCUAUGAUUCAAUGUGCUACGCCGAAUUCAAGAAGUAUGCGCUAAAGGACUUCGUACAUGCUUUUCUGCCCGGUUGCACUGGUAGAAUAAUCAUAUGCAAAUAAUAGGCAGACCUCCCACAAUACUAUUCGAAUCAAAUAAAGACCUCUUCGCCGGCUUGCAAUAAUAGUGAGGUCAUCUGAAGCAACCAACCCGUAAUUUCAACAAAUGAGAAGAUUCAAACAUUACGCAUCAAGUCAAAACUACUAAUU